AUGAGAUACGCCAAGAACCGCGCGCCCGCACCCGCCGCCGCGCCGCACCCGGGCCAGCACUCUGAAUGGACCUUUAUGGACAGUGAUAUGCAAAGUUUAUGGCAGCUUGGAAGAGCUGAAGAAGAACUUCCUUCCCUGUACGUAAACCAGGAGUUACUUCCACAGGUCGUACCUUCUGCACAGUCGUUCAACGACUGUGAUGAGGAAUGCCAUGAAGAUAGCAAGCCAAUAGAAUUCGAGCUGUUUGCGGAGAAGAUAGGGCCUAAUACUCCUAGUCCGAAGAUGGACGCCGAUUACGACGUAUAUUGUUCGACACCUGACUCAGAUACGGACUCCGAUUUCGAAGGGGAUGAUACAUCAGGAUCGCUACAGACAGAACUGAUGCCGGUACUGGGAGGUUUUUUAAUCAACAAUUCAGUCUACAUAUCCGAGGAUCAUUGGCACACCCUCAUCCCCAUCGACACUUUGGUGCAAUGCGCGUUAUGCGAUUCGUUUAUCGACCAAGAAGAACGUGAUUCCCACUCGGUCAGCACUAAACAUAAGGAAAAUUUGAAAAUAUUUCCUCCGCUUAAGAAAUUUGAUGAAGCCAUAAUUAGAAAGAUAAACAACAAAUAUCAUUGUGGAGUCUGUAACGAACUAUUCGACGUAACAGAUCUCUCACACUUCGAUAGCAAAACGCACGGAGACAAUAAAUUGUUUGCCAUAAACAAAGCCACUGAUCUUGUCUUCGAUGAAACCCCAUUUAAUGAUAUACAAAAUAAUGAAAAACAUAUUAAUGAUUAUUAUCAUUUCCGCACAAAUAAUAUUAUUAAUGAUACCACCACAAGUUCUAACUCCGAUUUCAAUGAUUACAACAUUUUCACUUAUAAUAAUUUCAUAAGUUUUCGUUGUAAUGAAAAUGAAGUUAAUGAUAAUAAUAGUUUUGAUUAUAAUGAAGAAGAAACUUUAAAUCCUUCAGUAUCGUAUGCAAAUAUUGCUAAGAAACCAAAAGUACGUAGAAAUAAGUAUGUAACUGUAAAUUUGGGUACAAAACAAUUGCAAGUACGACACGACGUUUAUCAUAUGGUACAUGAGACUAAAUCAAACACUUAUUCCUGCAUAGUAUGUAAUACUAAAGGACUGAUAAGACACAAAUUUGAUCAUUGCGAUGACGAAGAACAUUUGAGAAAAUUGGAAAAGUGUACGGUUGUUGAGGCGUACGACCAACAUUAUGUUAGACACUUUAGCGAUCAUUGCUAUCACUGUGGCCACUGCAAUAACCUUCAAAUAAUAAGUGACAUGGACGACCAUCUCGAAUCAUGCAACCCGAUAAAGAAUAAAAAUGUCACAGACAAUACUAAAACCAAUACAGCUGCCAAAAAUAAUGACAAUAAUCAGCCGACAUUGUUGAAGGAAACCAAAUGUACUAAUACAGCAACUACAGUUACUAAACACGACAAAAAUAUAAAUACAAUUAAUGAAAAUCGCACACCCACACCGACUCCAGUUAAUUUCGCGAAUGGUGUAGCAAAUAAGAAUAAUGAAAAUAUUGUUAAUGAAAAUAAUGUUAAUGAUAAAUUGAACAAUCAAAAUAAUUGUAUUGCAAGUACAAGACCGUUAAUUUACGGUAACGUAGCUUUAUAUUUAUUUGGACACAACUUCACACUUCCUAUUAUGUCUUAUAAUGUGUUGUCAGAGAGAAGUGACGAUUUUUACUGUGGAAUAUGCGAUUUUAUAUGUCCAAAGGACGGUAUUGUUAGUCAUACACAUCAAAUAAAACAUGUGGAGCUAAUCCAAAUGACACCAUUCCUUUUGGAAUUUCAUUUCAACUUAAUUCGCGAUAUCAGAGGCAAAUGCCACUGUGCCAUAUGCAAUAUUCCAAUAUCACCUGACCAAAUAUAUGGCCAUAUUAAAAUUCCACAACAUAUCGAUUUGCUCAACAGAGUUUUGGGAUACAUACCCGCUUUAUUCCCAGUCCGUCCUACAUCUAAUGAGGCUCACUUGCCUCAGAAUAGACCAUUUAUGCCUAAUCCUGCUUUUGGGGCCAAUAACCUUGGUAUUAUUUCUCUUCUUGGGAUAAAUGGGCUUAGACCAAAUUUCGGAGCUCCUAUACCGCCUAUUGCGACAAAUGCACCUUUACCAUGGGUUGGAACUAAUAUGCCACCUACGGGAAUAGUAAAUCAUCAAGUCCCAAUGGUUUCGAAUCUAAUGCAAUACCAAUUUCCCCCAUCCCUACCGGCUCAUUUUAAUAUUGUGAAACAGAAUAAUGAAAAUGCAACUACCGAACCCAUCAAGUAUAUAAACGAGAAUAAGAUUAAUGAUACUCAAAUUAAUGAAAACGAGAUUAAUGAUACGGAAAUUAAUGAGAAAAGUUCUAAUGCAGAGGAUGAUGAUGAAGAAGAAUACGAAUCGGAUAAUAAUUUAAAUGAGUUUAAUAAAACUUUGGAUUCUGUGUCUUCGGAAGACGCUGUUUUUGAUAUAGAAGAAUAUGUUUAUUUGAAAUUAAAUAAUACGUACAUGAAAGUGGCAAAUACGGCGUACAAUACUCUUGUACAUGUUGGAGAUGGUACUCGGUAUUGUUUUGUAUGCGCAGUUCAUAUAGAACACUAUGAAUUGCAAAAACAUGUUGAUAGUAGACCACAUAUGGAAAAUAUGGAAAAAUGUCGGUUUCUCGAGGAGUAUAAAAGCCACUUUUUGAGACAG